CGUGACUUUACGGAAGUAACAGUGUCAACAGCAUGCACGGACCCUGGGCUGUGCCUUGGAAGAAAAAAAACAUCAAAAUGCUGCGUUAUUUCACCCUAUUGUUCAUAUUUGGAUGUGUGAGCAAAGUGUUGUGUCUUCAGAGUUCAUGUAGCGCAGAGCAGGAACCUCCAGGCGUGGAAAGAGGGGCGGGCUGCGGCUGUGAUAAGCUGACUAGAGACGCUCCAGCUGUGGACCCCUUGGACGAGGAUGAGGGUAAAGCAGCUUCCACAGAUCCUGCUCUCAAAUACUCCAAAGACGCAAAUGACAGGACGAAUCAGGUGCAGGACGAUGAGCGGGAAACACAAAGUCCGAUGGUGCAGAUUUCUGGAGGGGAGUUCCUGAUGGGAACAGACAACCCAGGCAUCCCCCCAGACGGUGAGGGCCCCCAGAGACUCGUGUAUGUGGACUCCUUCAACAUGGACAUCCAUGAAGUCACUAACCAACAGUUUCAGAGCUUCGUCCUUGCGACAGGACACGUGACUGAGGCAGAGAAAUUUGGAGACUCGUUUGUUUUUGAGGGACUUUUGAGCGAGCCAGUGAAAAGCCAAAUCACUCAAGCAGUGGCCUCUGCCCCUUGGUGGCUCCCAGUCAAAGGAGCCUCCUGGAGGCACCCUGAGGGCCCAGACUCCAACAUCACAGACAGGCUCCAUCAUCCUGUUUUGCAUGUCUCGUGGACAGAUGCUGUUGCCUACUGCUCCUGGGCUAACAAGAGACUCCCUACAGAAGCAGAGUGGGAGUAUGCCUGCAGGGGGGGCCUGAAAGACAGACUUUACCCAUGGGGAAACAAGUUGAACCCAAAAGGACAACACUUUGCUAACCUCUGGCAGGGAGACUUCCCCACACACAACUCUGGAGAAGAUGGGUAUAUCAAAACUUCACCGGUGAUGUCCUUUCCUGCCAAUGCUUUUGGUCUGUACGACAUGGUGGGGAAUGCAUGGGAAUGGACAGCAGACUGGUGGACUGUGCAUCACACCACGGACCCGCAACGCAACCCAACGGGGCCUCCUUCAGGCAAAGAUAAAGUGAAGAAGGGAGGGUCAUACAUGUGCCACAGGUCUUACUGUUACAGGUAUCGCUGUGCAGCAAGAAGCCAAAAUACUCCGGACAGCUCAGCUUCAAAUCUUGGUUUUCGCUGUGUUUCUCAGGAGAAACGAUGAUUUCCCCAGCUUGUCUUAAACACACUUUUACUGAAGCUGCUGCCAAAACCCAGUGUUAACUAUGCAGUAAGGGCGUGCAACCUUUUACUGUGAUCUUAUUGCAAAACAUGUGAAGAUGAUGGACAGUAAAUCUUCUCUACUAUGAUAUAUGUUCACAGGAUUCUCACUUUUUAUAGUUUUUCAGAUGUUUUCAUAGGAAAUGAAUGGAAAAGCUUUCUCUGACCACCUUUGAGUACUGGUGGGAAAAAAUAUUAAUAAUUUAAGUUACUGUACCUUUCACUGGAACAGAUUAGUGUGGUUUUUUCUUGUUGCCAUUAUCAGCAAAAAGCUGGUUGUGCUGAAAGUAAAUCUUAAUGUACAGAAAAUGACUUUGCUGUAAAAUCAUUGUAGAAAAUUGUCUCUUUUUUUUUUGCUGAGAACAUUUCCAUUAUAAAGUUGCUAAAAUAAAGCAGUUUUUUGCUCUUUUUAA